GCCCGUGACGGCGCUGCGUCACGGGCUUUCAGGCGCUUGGCUCCCGGAGACGGUCACUGCUGUGGGCCUCAGCGUUAGCCUCUCGUGUCCUGGGGACCAGGUUGGCGGCGCCAUGAGGCGCAGCAAGGCCGAGGUGGAGCGCUACAUCGCCUCGGUGCAGGGCUGCGCUCCGUCGCCCCGAGAGAAGUCAAUGAAAGGAUUCUAUUUUGCGAAACUGUACUAUGAAGCUAAAGAAUACGAUCUUGCUAAAAAAUACAUAUCUACAUAUAUUAAUGUGCAAGAAAGGGAUCCCAAAGCUCAUAGGUUUCUCGGUCUUCUUUAUGAAGUGGAGGAAAACAUAGACAAAGCUGUUGAAUGUUACAAGCGUUCAGUGGAUUUAAACCCAACACAAAAAGAUCUUGUGUUGAAGAUUGCAGAAUUGCUUUGUAAAAAUGAUGUUACUGAUGGAAGAGCAAAAUGUUGGGUCGAAAGAGCAGCAAAACUUUUCCCGGGAAGUCCUGCAAUUUAUAAAUUAAAGGAACAGCUUUUAGAUUGUAGAGGUGAAGAUGGAUGGAAUAAACUUUUUGACUUGAUUCAGUCAGAACUUUAUGCAAGACCUGAUGAUGUGUAUGUGAACAUUCGACUAGUAGAGCUGUAUCGCUCAAAUAAAAGAUUGAAGGAUGCUGUGGCCCACUGCCAUGAGGCACAGAGAAACAUAGCUUUGCGUUCAAGUUUAGAAUGGAAUUUGUGUGUUGUACAGACACUUAAGGAAUAUCUGGAGUCGUCACAGUGUUUGGAGUCUGAUAUAAAUAACUGGGAAACAACCAAUAGCGACUUACUGCUGGCCUAUGCUAACCUUAUGUUUCUUACACUCUCCACUAGAGAUGUGCAAGAAAGCAGAGAAUUAUUGGAACGUUUUGAUAUUGCUCUUCAGUCUGUGAAAUCUUGUGUGGGUGGAAAUGAUGAGCUCGGAGCUACUUUCUUAGAAAUAAAAGGACAUUUCUACAUGCAUGCUGGUUCUCUGCUUUUGAAGAUGGCUCAGUAUAGUGAUGUGCAGUGGCGCGCUUUCUCCGAGCUGGCUGCGUUGUGCUAUCUCAUAGCAUUUCAGGUUCCAAGACCAAAGAUAAAAUUAAUGAAAGGAGAAGGUGGACAAAAUCUGCUGGAAUCGAUGGCCUAUGAUCGUCUGAGCCAAUCAGGGCACAUGCUGCUAAACUUAAGUCGUGACAAGCAAGAUUUCUUAAAGGAGGUUGUAGAAUCAUUUGCAAAUAAAAGCGGGCAGUCUGCAUUGUAUGAUGCUCUGUUUUCCAGUCAGUUAUCUAAGGAUAGCUCUUUCCUUGGUAGUGAUGAUAUUGGAAACGUUGAUAUACAAGCACCAGAGCUUGGUGAUUUGGCUAGAUAUGAUAUUGGUGCUAUUCGAGCACAUAAUGGUAACCUUCAGCACCUUACCUGGCUUGGCUUACAAUGGAAUUCAUUGCCUGCCUUACCUGCAAUUCGAAAAUGGCUAAAACAGCUUUUUCAUCAUUUGCCCCAGGAAACCUCAAGACUUGAAACAAAUGCACCUGAAUCAAUAUGUAUUUUAGAUCUCGAAGUAUUUUUGCUUGGAGUUAUAUAUACCAGCCACUUACAAUUAAAGGAGAAAUGUAGUUCUCACUACAACUUCUAUCAGCCACUAUGCUUGCCACUUCCUGUAUGUAAGCAGCUUUGUACAGAGAGACAAAAGUCUUGGUGGGAUGCAGUUUGUAAUCUAAUUCACAGAAAAGCAAUCCCGGGAACCUCAGCAAAAUUGCGACUUCUAGUUCAGCAUGACAUAAAUACUCUAAGGGGCCAGGAAAAACACGGCCUUCAACCUGUUCUGCUUAUACGUUGGGCACAGUACCUUCAGAAAACGGGCAGCGGUCUUAAUUCUUUUUAUGACCAACGGGAAUACAUAGGCAGAAGUGUUCAUUACUGGAAGAAGGUUUUGCCAUUGUUGGAGAUAAUCAAAAAGAAAAGCAGUAUUCCUGAACCUAUUGACCCUCUGUUUAAACAUUUUCAUAGUGCAGACAUCCAGGUAUCUGAAAUUGGUGAAUAUGAAGAAGAAGCACAUAUAACAUCUGCUAUAUUGGAUGCAGUUAAUGGAAAUAUAGAAGAUGCUAUGACUGCUUUUGAGUCUAUAAAAAACGUUGUUUCUUAUUGGAAUCUUGCACUGAUUUUUCACAGAAAAGCAGAAGACAUUGAAAAUGAUGCUCUUUCUCCUGAAGAACAAGAAGAAUGCAAAAAUUACCUGAGAAAGACGAGGGACUACCUAAUAAAGAUUUUAGAUGACAGUGAUUCAGAUCUUUCAGUAAAGAAAUUGCCUGUGUCCCUGGAGACUGUGAAAGAGAUGUUUAGUUCAGUCAUGCAGGAACUUGAUGACUAUAGUGAAGGAGGUCCUCUUUAUAAAAAUGGUUCUUUGCAAAAUGCUGAUUCAGAAAUAAAACAUUCUACACCAUCACCCACCAAAUAUUCUCUAUCACCAAGUAAAAGUUAUAAGUAUUCUCCUAAAACACCACCUCGAUGGGCAGAAGAUCAAAAUUCUUUACUGAGAACGAUCUACCAACAAGUAGAGGCCAUUAAGAAAGAAAUGCAGGAAUUGAAACGAAAUAGUAGUAACUCAGGAUCCCCUCAUCGCUGGCCUACAGAAUGUUAUGGACCGGAGUCAGUGCCUGAUGGAUAUCAGGGAUCACAAUCUUUUCAGGGGACUCAACUAACAGUUUCAACUACUGGCCCUCCAGUAUAUUAUAGUCAGUCACCAGCAUAUAAUUCCCAGUAUCUUCUCAGACCAGCAGCUAAUGUUACUCCCACAAAGGAUUCUUCUGAUAUGGACGCUAAGUCAACAACAGAAGGAUUUAAUUUUUCUAUUCCUGUGUUUGCCAAUGGAUUCAAAUUUGGCAUUCAGGAGCCGGGAAAUCAAGAGAAGAAGAGUGAAAAACCUCUUGAAAAUGACACUGGUUUUCAGGCUCAGGACGUUAGUAGUCAGAAAAAUGAUAGUGGUGUGAUAUUUGGGCAAACUGGUAGCACUUUUACCUUUGCAGAUCUUGCAAAAUCAGCUUCAGGAGAAGGAUUUCAAUUUGGCAAAAAGGACCCUAAUUUCAAGGGAUUUUCAGGUGCCGGAGAAAAACUAUUCUCAUUGCAAAGUGGUAAAGUGACUGAUAAAGCUGACACUUCUGACCUUGAGAAGGAUGAUGAUGCCUAUAAGACUGAAGACAGUGAUGACAUCCAUUUUGAACCAGUAGUUCAAAUGCCUGAAAAAGUGGAACUUGUAACAGGAGAAGAAGAUGAAAAAGUUCUUUAUUCCCAGCGGGUCAAGUUAUUUAGAUUUGAUGCUGAGAUAAGUCAGUGGAAAGAAAGGGGUUUGGGGAACUUAAAAAUUCUCAAAAAUGAAGUCAAUGGCAAACUAAGAAUGCUGAUGCGAAGAGAACAAGUACUAAAAGUGUGUGCUAAUCAUUGGAUAACGACGACAAUGAACCUGAAGCCUCUCUCUGGGUCAGAUAGAGCAUGGAUGUGGUUAGCUAGUGAUUUUUCUGAUGGUGAUGCCAAACUAGAGCAGCUGGCAGCAAAAUUUAAAACACCAGAGCUGGCUGAAGAAUUCAAGCAGAAAUUUGAGGAAUGUCAGCGACUUCUAUUAGAUAUACCACUUCAAACUCCCCAUAAACUGGUAGAUACUGGCAGAGCUGCCAAGUUAAUACAGAGAGCUGAAGAAAUGAAGAGUGGACUAAAAGAUUUCAAAACAUUUUUGACAAAUGAUCAAACAAAAGUCACUGAGGAAGAGAGUAAGAGUUCAGAUGCAGGUGCCACCAGCGCUUCAGACACAACCACCAAGCCAAAUCCUGAAAACACUGGGCCCGCAUUAGAGUGGGAUAACUAUGAUUUAAGGGAAGAUGCUUUGGAUGAUAGUGUAAGUAGUAGCUCAGUACAUGCUUCUCCAUUGGCAAGUAGCCCUGUGAGAAAAAAUCUCUUCCGCUUUGGUGAGUCAACAACAGGAUUUAACUUUAGUUUUAAAUCUGCUUUGAGUCCAUCUAAGUCGCCUGCCAAGUUGAAUCAGAGUGGGACCUCAGUUGGCACCGAUGAAGAAUCUGAUGUUACUCAAGAAGAAGAGAGAGAUGGACAGUACUUUGAACCUGUUGUACCUUUACCUGAUCUAGUUGAAGUGUCCAGUGGUGAGGAAAAUGAACAAGUUGUUUUUAGUCACAGAGCAAAACUCUAUAGAUACGAUAAAGAUGUUGGUCAGUGGAAAGAAAGAGGCAUUGGUGACAUAAAGAUUUUACAGAAUUAUGAUAGUAAACAAGUUCGUAUAGUGAUGAGAAGGGACCAGGUAUUAAAACUUUGUGCCAAUCACAGAAUAACUCCAGACAUGACUUUGCAAAAUAUGAAAGGGACAGAAAGAGUGUGGGUGUGGACUGCAUGUGAUUUUGCAGACGGAGAAAGAAAAGUAGAACAUUUAGCUGUCCGUUUUAAACUACAGGAUGUUGCAGACUCAUUUAAGAAAAUAUUUGAUGAAGCAAAAAUAGCCCAAGAGAAAGAUUCUUUGAUAACGCCUCAUGUUUCUCUUUCGACCACGUCCAGAGAGUCACCAUGUGGCAAAAUUGCUGUAGCUGUAUUAGAAGAAACCACGAGAGAGAGGACAGAUUUACUUCAGGGUGAUGAUAUAGCAGAUGCAACUUCAGAAGUGGGAGAAGUGUCUAGCACAUCUGAAACAACAACAAAAGCAGUGGUUUCUCCUCCAAAGUUUGUAUUUGGUUCCGAGUCUGUUAAAACCAUUUUUGGUAGUGAAAAAUCAAAACCAUUUGCAUUUGGUAACAGUUCAGCUACUGGAUCUUUGUUUGGAUUUAGUUUUAAUGUACCUUUAAAAAAUAACACUGAAACCAGUUCAGUAGUCCAGAGUGGAUCUGAAAGAGAAAUGGAACCUAAUAAUUGCGAGGAGUCAGAGGACUCUGAUAUCAAACAAUCUGCAGAUGGCAAAGUCAGAAAUCUCUUUGCUGCUUUUCCAAAGGAAGAGUCCUCAACUAAUCACAUGUUCAAAACAGCAGAAAAGGGAUUUAAUUUUAGUCUUUUUAAAUCUAAUCCAAUGGCUUUUUGGACCAGCACCCCUUCCUCACAGCCUGAGAACAAAGCAAAAGAGAAAAAACCUGAAGAUUCUGACCCAGAUGAUGAUGUUCUCAUUGUAUAUGAGCUAACUCCAACCCCUGAGCAAAAAGCUCUUGCAAGCAAACUUAAACUUCCUCCAACUUUCUUCUGUUAUAAGAAUAGACCAGAUUAUGUUAGCGAAGAAGAAGAGGAAGAUGAAGAUUUUGAAACAGCUGUCAAGAAACUUAAUGGACAACUGUAUCUGGAUGACUCAGAAAAAUGUAGACCAGUAGAAAAAAAUCUAACAGAAAAUGAAAAAGAAUGUAUUAUUGUUUGGGAAAAGAAACCAACAGUUGAAGAGAAGGCAAAAGCGGAUACAUUAAAACUUCCACCUACAUUUUUUUGUGGCGUCUGCAGUGAUACUGAUGAGGACAACGGAAAUGGGGAAGACUUUCAAUCAGAGCUUCAAAAAGUUAAGGAAGCUCAAAAAUUCCAGAAUGAUGAAAUAACUACCACGGCCGACAGUGUGUGUACAGGUGGUACUGAAGAGACCGUGCCAUUGUUAUGUAAAUCUGAAGAAUCUGAUUUUAGUUCCAAAUCUGUUAGCUUACCACCUAUUUCUUCUGGAACUGUGGACAAACCUGUAGAUUUGUCUACUAGAAAGGAAGAUGAUGCAGAUUCUAUAAGCCAAGUGGAAAGCAAAACAAUUUCAUUUGGAUUUGGAAGUAGCACAGGGCUGUCAUUUGCAGACUUGGCUUCCAGUAAUUCUGGGGAUUUUGCUUUUGGUUCCAAAGAUAAAAAUUUCCAGUGGGCAAAUACAGGAGCAACUGUGUUUGGAACACAGUCAACCAGUAAAAUUGGCGAAGAAGAAGAUGGUAGUGAUGAAGAAGUAGUUUAUAAUGAAGAUAUCCAUUUUGAACCGAUAGUGUCAUUACCUGAGGUACAAGUAAAAUCUGGAGAAGAAGAUGAAGAAAUUUUAUUUAAAGAGAGAGCCAAACUUUAUAGAUGGGAUCGAGAGAUCAGUCAGUGGAAGGAGCGUGGUGUUGGAGACAUUAAGAUUCUCUGGCAUACACUGAAGAAUUACUACCGGAUCCUAAUGAGAAGAGACCAAGUCUUUAAAGUGUGUGCAAACCAUGUUAUUACCAAAACAAUGGAAUUAAAACCCUUAAAUGUUUCAAACAAUGCUUUAGUGUGGACUGCCUCGGAUUAUGCUGAUGGAGAAGCCAAAGUAGAACAGCUUGCAGUGAGAUUUAAAACUAAAGAAAUGGCUGAUUGUUUUAAGAAAAAAUUUGAAGAAUGUCAACAGAAUUUAUUGAAACUUCAGAAGGGACAGGUAUCACUGACAGCAGAAUUAUCAAAGGAGACAAAUCCUGUGGUGUUUUUUGACAUUUUUGCAGAUGAUGAACCUCUAGGACGUAUAACCAUGGAAUUAUUUUCAAACAUUGUUCCUCGCACUGCUGAGAACUUCAGGGCACUAUGCACUGGAGAGAAGGGCUUUGGUUUCAAGAACUCCAUUUUUCACAGAGUAAUUCCAGAUUUCGUUUGCCAAGGGGGAGAUAUCACCAACCAUGAUGGAACAGGAGGACGGUCCAUUUAUGGAGAUAAAUUUGAAGAUGAAUGUUUUAAUGUGAAACAUACUGGUCCUGGCUUAUUAUCAAUGGCUAAUCGAGGCCGAGAUACCAAUAAUUCUCAAUUUUUUAUAACACUGAAGAAAGUAGAACAUUUGGACUUUAAGCAUGUAGUAUUUGGGUUUGUUAAGGAUGGCAUGGAUACUGUGAAAAAGAUUGAAUCAUUUGGUUCUUCUAAAGGGUCUGUUAGUCGAAGAAUUAGUAUCGCAGAAUGUGGACAGUUAUAAAAUCACUGCUUUUCAUAGUAAAAUUUUACCUGUAUAAACAGUUGAAUUGAAGCUUAGCUGUUAUGACAAUAUGGUAAUUAUGUUCAGCUUUUGAAAAUGGACGUUUCCAAUGUAUAAAUGUAAAAUUGCAGCUUAUAGCUGUUGUCACUUUUUAAUGUGUUAUAAUUGACCUUGCAUGGUGUGAAAUAAAAGUUUAAACACUGGUUUAUUUCAGGCGUACUUGUGUUUAUGUACUCCUGACAUAUCUGUAUUAAAAUGGAAUAAUACUAAUCUUGUUAAAAGCAAUAUAGACCUUCUCAUACUAUUGAAGGAAUAUUAUAUAUGCAAUUUAAUUUUAAUUCCUUUUAAGAUAUUGGACUUCCUGCAUGGAUAUACUUACCGUUUGAGUAAAUGGACCAAAACUUGGAUAAUUUUUAUUUUAGAUUUGAAAUAUAUUUGGUAAUUUUAACUAUUGGUGUGCUCAUUUAUGCUUACUUAUGAAUGGGUAGAGCCACAGAGGGUAGAGACUUAACCAAAGUGCUCUUCUAUAAUCCUUGCACCUCCUGUAUAGUUAACGAACUUCUAAGUAGAGUACCUUCUUUUCUUAAAAUGAUAUGUAGCUUCUUGUGCCCUUUCAAUGGUAUUAAAUUAAUUUUUAUAUUUUAAACAAGUUGAGUAUUUCCUUAAGUUUUUUUUUUUUUUUUAACUUUUCUGUCAUCUGUUUCUACUACCUCAAACUGCAGCUUGGUUCUGAUAGAACUUGAAUUUUUCCUUGCAGUUAUUGUGAUAAAGUAUGAAUAUUUUAAAAAGGUCUAUACCAUGUUCUUUGGUUAAAAUUUUGCUUUAUACUAGAUUGUUGCAGUACCUUUUUUCUGGUGAAUUUUGUAGCAAAAAUAAAGUGACAAUUGUUAACAGCCAUGAUAUUUUAAAAAAUUCA